AUGGCAGUGGCCAGCAGUGGCGAGGGCAGCCAGGGGCAGAUCGCCGAGUGGUUCCGCGGCCGGUCGCUGCUGGUGACGGGCGGCUCCGGCUUCAUCGGCAAGGUGCUGCUCGAGAAACUCCUGCGCUCGCUGCCGCAACUGGGCGCCGUCUACGUCCUGCUCAGGGGCAAGCGUGGGGACUCGCCAGCUGCCAGGCUCGAGAACAUCAAGCGCCUGCCGCUAUUCGACAGGCUGCGGCGGACGGACCCGUCGGCGCUGGAGCGGCUGCACGCGGUCGAAGGAGACGUGCUGCGAGCGGACCUUGGGCUGCAGCCCGCGGACCGCGCCCGCCUGCUGGCCGAGGUGUCGGUCGUCUUCCACUGCGCCGCCUCGCUGCGGCUCGAGGCGGGGCUGCGGGCCGCCGUCGAGCACAACACGGCGGGCACGCUGCGGCUGCUGCACCUCUGCCGGCGCAUGCGCCACCUCCAGGUAAUAGUUCAUUUAUCAACAGCAUUCUGCCACUGUGAACAAGAGGUGCUAGAUGAAAAAAUUUACCCACCACCUCAUGAUCCACAUGAUAUCAUGCAUUUAGUCCAAUGGCUGGAUGAAGAAUCUCUUGCUUCCAUCACACCAAAGCUUCUGGGUCCACAUCCAAACUGUUAUACAUACUCCAAAAGACUAGCAGAAAGUCUUGUAUAUGAAGAAUCAAAAAACAUGCCAGCUGUUAUUUGCCGCCCAUCCAUAGUGACACCAGUUUUCAAUGAGCCAUUGACAGGAUGGGUAGACAAUCUCAAUGGUCCUGUUGGUAUUCUGAUUGGUGCAGGAAAGGGAGUUAUUCGCUCCAUGCUUUGUGGACCAGAUUUUUAUGCUGAAAUUAUACCUGUUGACAUAGCAGUCAAUGGAAUCAUAACAGCUGCAUGGGAUACAGCAGUCAGAAGACCAGAAGAGAUGCCUGUGUAUAAUUUAUCAACAUCAUCUCUGGUGCAGAUUACAUGGGGUGAAGUAUUAGAACGUGGACGUCAGAUUGUGUAUGAGAAUCCAUUUGAAGGUGUUGUUUGGUAUCCUGACGGAAAUAUUCGUACUAAUGAAACAGUACAUUAUCUUCAUGUACUCCUAUUUCACAUAUUUCCAGCUUAUGUAAUUGAUUUUCUGCUGCUGCUUACUAUGCAGAAGAGAUUCAUGGUGAGGCUCCAGAACAGAAUAAGCAAUGGAUUGAAGGUGCUGCAGUACUUUACAUUGAGGCAAUGGAAUUUUGACAAUAAGGAGAUUCUUGCGCUAAGUAGUCGCAUGACAAAAGAGGAUUGUGAAACAUUUUAUAUGGCAAAUGUUGAGUAUGAUGUUGAUAGUUAUCUGCUGGCAUGUGUUCUUGGUGCAAGGCAAUUCUGCAUGAAAGAGCCAUUAUCUUCACUUCCAAGAGCCAGGUGGCACCUAAAAAUGCUAUACUGGCUGGACUGGCUGGUGAAGAUGAUGUGCAUUGGCUUCCUGCUCUAUGUAAUGUACCAAUAUGCUAGACCAUCAAAAGCUCUGGUCAUCUCUUCUGUGGAUAGCCUGAAGUUAUCUAGUGCCAUCAACAGUUUCAUUCCUUAAAAACAUUAGUACCUGCACAUCAAUGAUAUAAAUAGGACAAACUUUUAAUGUAUGAGAAGGGUCACUAAACUCUGAUUAAAAUUACUUUGUGAUUGGGGCUUCAGCGAGUCAAGUAGUAGGGGUGGUCCCCAUCCAAUCAGUUCUUUCCUCAUGCCAUGUGCUCACUGUAUUGUCUAAUUUUGUAGGUUGAGUACAGUGCCUUGUGAAGUGUGGCUGGAUGUACGCCAGCAACUCUGCCCCCUGCCACAGCUAUCAUCUGUCAAGCACAAAGAAAUUUUAAAUGGAGUAUAAAACCUGAAUCAAGUUUAAUAGCAUAGUACUAUUAAUACUACUACUGAAUCUGCACAUUUUUACUACUACAAAAAAAUA